AUGCGAGCUCCCAUAGCGGUCCUGGCGGUGAUUCUGGCGGCUCGGCCUUGUAUGGCUGCCGUCUACGACCGUGCCAUCACAGUGUUCUCCCCCGAUGGCAAACUGAUGCAGGUGUCCUACGCGGAAGAAGCGGUGAAGCAAGGAAGCCUUGGGGUUGCCGCGUGCAACGGCCGCGACGCCAUCGCAAUGUGCCUCGAGCGCCCCGCAGCCGACGGCGAUAUCACAGACCCGGAUGCAACACCGUCACGAGCAUCCGAGACAACGGUUGCGACCUCAGCCAUCACCGACGCCGGCGCCGGCGCCGCCGGAGACACGGCAAGAGCGGGCGAUGACCAUGUCUACAGCAGGCGACGGAAUAGACGCAAACAUCACGAAGGAGGUGUGCGUGAUCCAGGGGUCGGGGUGGGUAUCGUGGACAGCGCUAACAACCAGGAUCGCAAGCUGUGUGAGAUCGAUGAAGGAGUCUACCUCGCGUUCGCGGGCAUUUCGGCGGACGGUCGCGUCUUGGCGUCCAAGAUAAGGCUGGAGUGUCAGAGCUACCGGUACAGCAUGGGAGCCGCUCCGAGCGUUGGGUACAUCGCCAGAUAUGUCGGAGAGCUGCAGCACCGCUACACCCGCACCGGCGGCGCGCGUCCCUACGGCGUCGCUUGCCUUGUCGCCGGAUUCGACGAGGACACGCUGCUCCCCAGCGUCUUCCGGUCGGAGCCGUCGGGGGCAUACGCGGAGUGGACCGCUUCCGCGGUAGGGAAGGCUUCGGACAAGGCCUUGGGCAGGCUUGAAGCGGUCCCGGACCUCGGUGCUCUGGAUUGGCGAGGGACGGCGGAGGCCGCCGUAAGGGCAGCCCUCGCAGGGGGAGCCAAAUAUUGCGACGUCUUGGUGUUGCGCCGCGUGGCUGGUGAUGACGACGUACCUGCUGCUGCUGAAGCAGUGGCAACAGAGCCACCAGAAUCAGAGUUUACAGCGGAGGGAGGGGGGGAGGCUAGAUCGGCGAGAGCGGGGUGGAGCCAUAGGGGAGGGGCGUGGUCGAAGAGGUUCUUGGGAUCUAUCGGGGGUGACGGGGCGGUGUUGCUGGAGGAGGGGGGGUCGAGAUAG